GGCCGCGGCGGCCGCAGGAUGCAGCGGUGGCUGGUGCUGCUCUUCCUGGCCUGGGUCUGCUUUCUCUUCUUUGCUGGUAUUGGGCUCUUCAUGAGCGGCUUCCUGCUUACCCGGAUUGAGCUUGCCCACAGCAGUUCUUGCUCAGACCCGCUCACACCACCCCCCUGGGACAGGCAGAGCCUCCCGCCGGGCUCCUGCUGGAUGCCCCAGCGCUUUGCUAAGGUCGUGCUAGUCGUCAUUGAUGCCCUCCGGUUUGAGUUUGCCUCGUUCAACCCAGCCAAAGUGAGCCCGCUGCCGUAUGAAAACAAGCUGAGUUUCCUGCACCACCUAGCAACCUUGCAGCCCCGCCAUGCCCGCCUCUACCGCUUCCGAGCCGAUCCCCCCACUGCUACCAUGCAGCGCAUCAAGGGCCUCACCACUGGCUCGUUGCCCACCUUCAUUGACGUGGGCAGCAACUUUGCCACCUAUGCAAUCCAGGAGGACAACCUGCUGGCACAGCUGGUACAGAACGGAAGGAGAGUGGUUUUCAUGGGAGAUGACACUUGGGAAGGACUCUUCCCCAAGAAGUUUUUUCGCUCAUAUUUCUUCCCUUCUUUUAACGUGAAGGAUCUUCAUACUGUGGAUGAUGGGAUCCUCCAGCAUCUUUAUCCAACUGUGGAUGGUGGUGAAUGGGACUUGCUGAUUGCUCACUUCCUUGGUGUGGACCACUGUGGGCACAAACAUGGACCUGACCACCCUGAAAUGGCUAAGAAGCUCACCCAGAUGAAUGAGAUGCUCAGGUCCUUGGUAGAUCAUCUGGGAAAUGACACCCUGCUUCUGGUGGCUGGGGACCAUGGCAUGACGGAGACUGGAGACCAUGGUGGGGACAGCGAGAAAGAAGUGAAUGCAGCACUGUUUGUGUACAGCAAAACACCCCUAUUUGGUGCUGGCCCUCCUGAGGAGCCUGAGGCCGUUCCCCAGGUGAACCUGGUGCCCACUGUGGCCUUGCUGCUGGGUGUGCCCAUCCCCUACAGUAACAUCGGGGAGGUGAUGGCUGAGCUGUUCCCCGGGGACGGCGACGCCGUGUCUGCGGCCUUGCAGCAGCUUUCAGUCUAUCACGUCAAUGCCAAGCAGGUGGAUCGAUUCCUGCACUCCUACUCGCUGGUGGCUCAAGACCUGCCAGCAGAGCAGCUCCAGCACCUGCAGGAGAUCUUCUCCAGCGCAGUGGAAGAGCACACUCAGCUCUUGGCCCAGAUGCAGGAGGCAAUGCUGAUGUCUCCAGAGCUGGAGUCCAAGCUGGGAAACCUGAUCAAUCGCUUCCAGCUGUACCUGCGGGAGGCACGGGCCGUGUGCACCCAGACCUGGGCCCGCUUCCAUCCACUGCGUAUUGUGGCAGGUUGCAGCCUCAUUGCUGCUUCGUGCUUGCUCUGCUACGUGACCUCGGAGUUGGCCACAGUGUCAGACUCUUUCUAUCGCAACUGCCUCCUGUACCCACUGCUUUGGGGCCUGGUGGCUAUUCUGCUUGGGCUGGCCUGCACAUUCAUCCAGGAGGGACUGGAUCUCCUCCUGGUUUCCUCAUGGGCAGCUGCAGUUUCUCAGAUGGCCUUCUUCUGGCACUGGUGGGGCCAGCAGCCCAAGCGAGCCCGUUUGGCAAGUAGCCAGCCGCCCUUGGCCAGUGUUGGCCUGAGGCAGCGUCUACGAGCAUGGCUGGGGCUGGCCUACCCCAUGGGCAUUCUCCUCUUCCGCUGUGGAGCCAUGUUCUCCGAUAGCUUUGUGGUGGCUGAGGCCCGGGUUGCCCCCUUUCUGCUGGCCUCUCUGGUGGUGUUGCUGGUAGGGAAACUCCAUUGGGAUGGUCAUUUGACUGUGCCAGAAGGCCCCAAACAGCAGCUUCUUGGCUUUUCCUCUUACCGUAAAGAGAGUUGGUACCUGCUAUACCUCGUCGCCAUGCUUCUAGUUUGUGUGCGCCUCUCUGUUUUUUUCCACCAGUGCCGUGAAGAAAUCCCCCAGUGCCGGCCCUCUCUUUUCCUUGCCCCCCUUGCCAGCCUGAGGAACACACGAGCCAAGAACCUCUUCUACCUCCUGUGCGUGGCCUCGCUUGUUGGGCUGGUCUAUGUGGUGCGGUGCUGGCUGCGGCACUACGGCAAUCUGAACAGCUCAGACCCCCUCGUGCUCUUUGUGCGCUGGGGUUUCCCACUGGUUGUCAUCUGCAUUGCCUGCUACUGGGCCGUCGCCUCCAGUGCUGAGGACUCGCUCGGCAAGCUGCAGGACCUGGUGCAGGUGGCACUUGUUGCCUUUCCUUGGGCUGUCUACGGGCUGGUGUCCGUGGGGCUGCUGCUCUUGCUGUGCAAUCCCAUGACAGUGUUUGCGAAAGACACACGGGAGUUGGCUGGACCCAUUGUCACCCCUUACUUAGGGGUUCCCAGCUCUGAAGUCGACUUCCUCCACGUCAUCCCUCAGAUCUACAGGAGGAUGCAGGAGUCUCUGAAAAGCCGCCUGGAGCGGGGCAGGUGCAAGGCCACAGUUGCAGCCUACGGGCUGGGCAGUGUGUAUUCAGCAGCCUUGGUCAUAGCACUUACCCUGCUGGGCUUCUUCUUGCUGCUUCUGCACAGUGAGCGGCUGAGUCUUGCCUUCUUGCUCCUCUUCCUGGAGGCCUUUGUGCUGCUGCACAUCCACACCUGUGCCAGAAGCCUUGCUGGAGACACUGAGCCUUUUUCAGUGCCCUGGCAUGCAGUCAUCUCCUGGCUCCUUGCUGCUUCCCAGUUCUUCUAUUCCACGGGCCACCAGCCCAUCUUCCCAGCCAUCCAUUGGAACGCAGCCUUUGUGGGCUUCCACCUUGACCACAGCACAAACCUCCUGCCCGCUGUCCUUGUGGGCGCCAACACGUUUGCCUCCCAUAUCCUCUUUGCAGUUGGCUGCCCUCUGCUCCUGCUUUGGCCCUUUGUGUGUGAGACACCCAGCUCACAGAGGAGGAAGCCCAAGAAGGAGCCUCGGGAAGAGCUGCAGGAAGAAGAGGAGCACAUGAUGGAGAUGAGGCUACGGGAGUCCCCGGAGAAGUUCUCUGCUGCUGUGCUGCAGCUGGGGCUGAAGUACCUCUUCAUCCUUGGGAUGCAGCUUCUGGCCUGUGUUUGUGCAGCUACGAUCCUCAGAAGACACCUCAUGGUCUGGAAGGUCUUUGCCCCAAAGUUCCUCUUUGAAGCAUUGGGCUUCAUGGUGAGCAGCAUCUGCCUCCUGCUGGGGAUCUCCCUGGUGAUGCGUGUGGACUGUGCAGUCAGCACCUGGUUCAGCCAGCUUCAGCUCAGGUAGCGUUGGAGAAGUGGGGAACCUGACCUGCUCAUUGACCAAGGCUAUGGUUGUCUCUCUGCCUCCUGGGGCCUGGAGAGAUCAUAGAGCCACCAGCAACGAGUGCCUGUUGACAGCAGUCAGGGAUUAUCCUGAGCUCCACGCCUCAGCACUGCACAAAAGGACUGGUGCCAGCAGUUCCCUGCUCUUUGCAAUGCUCUGCAGGGAGCGUGUUUCUCAGCAGCUGGGUUAGAGCUCCUGCUGGGCAUUUGUUAACAGCAGAGGAGUCUGCUGCAGGAAGCCAAGAAGCAAGAGUCCUGAAGUGCUCCUCUGGAGAAGUGCCAGCCAGGGGCCUUGCUGCUACUCUCCUGACAACUGUGCAGUUGGUAGGCUUCAGCGGCCAGCAUGCUACCUGAGAUGUUACCUUGCCUGUGCUGAGACAGAGACCCACUGGAAGGGGCGCCUGCUGAGAAGGGGAAGGAAGAGAGGAGAGGGAAGGCUACAACCCAGCCCUGUCACUGGGUCAUGCAGCCACCAUCUCUUCUCCUCUCUUCCUUGCAUACUUAGUUUUUGCAUUCGAAUCAAAGUGCACGUGAUCAUGUGUACACAAGUUCGUGGGGUCUCAGUGGCAGCCACGCUGCUCUAGCUGUAGAGUCAGUUGGUUGCUCUGUGGUAACCCAUUCUUACUACCAUUUUCUUGGUCUUUUCUUGGCCUUCUCAGAAAGGGCCCCCUUGGGGUGAGAGGGCAGGCUGGGCUGUCUUACACAGGCUCAGCUUUUUGGAAGGGUGACAGCAGAGAGAAUUGUGCCCAUGACUGAGAACCUCUGCACGGGUAGGAUCGGCCUGUUGGCUAUCUGCAAAGACUGGGUUGUAGCAGCCAGGACUCAUCGUCUCCUCCUGAGCUUGUGCUGUGGGGUGCUUGCUGUUGAUUGGGAACAGUUGAAUUGCAGCAGGAUGUAGUGAUGGAGCAUAUGACCCAUUCCCAUAUUGGCUCAUGUCAGCAGGAAAGGGGAGUCUGGAAUAGCUGUCCUAACUACAGGAGUAGCUUUGGUGUAGGCACUGCUGCCUGGGGACAGUUGCUUGAAAGCCCUUAGUAGGAGAGAAUUUUUCUGCAGGGUGGCCUAACCGUUGCUAUAUACGUCUGUAUAUAUGCCUGGAGUUACGUCACCUUGAAAGGAUCCCUAGCAUUGCAGAUUAUAGCAUUUGUGAGCCAGUAUAUGGUGCUUCUCGCCCUCUUGAUCUUGGUGUUCUGCAUGGGACUCCGUGCUGCAAGUGAGCUAUCAUAGUUCUGCUCUUGAUUGCUUGCAGUCAGGAGGGGUUGUUCUUUUCUUCAUGUGCAGAGGUAGAGGAUGGUGACUGCAGUGCUUGGCCGCAUUCCAGUCAAAUUGCCCCUGCAGUUUUGAUGAGAGUUGGGAUUCUUUACUCCCUGUCCUGAACCACUGUGUGGCAUUACUUGGUGCUAUGAAACCUUUCAUCUCUUUCUCUGGUGGAGGGCAAAUUACCUGCACUGUGUUGGGGCCACUCUCUGCUCCGACAAACCUGAGCACCAUAUGCUUAGGCUUGCUGCUUUGAUUUUUGUUCCCAGUCCCUGUUUGAUUUUUAGCUCGUGGACCAUGACUGCCCCUGUUCAAGUUCCUCAUUGCUAGCGUAAGUCCAGGCUCUUCCUCGCCUCUGUCCUGAAGAGUCUUGGGAAAGCUGUGGAAACUGUCUGUUGAAAGCAGGUUUAUUUUUGUAUUUAGUCCCUGUGGGAGGGUAACACUAGCCCAAGUGUUAGGGUGCAAUUCCAGGGAGGCUUCAACUGAUGCAAUCGUGGGCUUCCAUUGUUUGGCCAUCUCCUGACCUGCUGGCUGUGCUCUCCCACCACUGCUUUGCAUCUCCCCUGCCCCGUGGGCAUCUCUCGCUUAAUUUAGCUAACAAAACCAGGGAUUAGUUUGUAGCUGGCUUGACUCUCUCAGCUGGCUCACAGCCCAGUUCCAUGAACACCAUUGCUGGUGCAAGGAAGCAGGUAGGAACAUGUAGUUGGAGCUGUGGUGUGAAAGAACGUGGCAGCCCACUUAAAUUGGCUUAAGCAAUCCUACCUUUAAAAUGGGUUUUAUGCUCUAUUUUGCAUCUCCUUAGUGGCCUCAUGGUUCUCAGGUGCUGAGUGGAGCCAUGCUGAUGAGUGAGGGGUGCACCUGCAUGUGGAGAAGGAAAGGGAUGCAGGCAGCAGCUACCUAGUGAGUUUUGAUUUAUCAUGAAAAGGUCCAGAUAACACACCAGUACUGCUACCCAAAGAGGUCUUGUAACCUCACAGCAUGGUCAGGAGCUUGCUGCCUGAAUGUCUGCCCUGCAGGGAGGCUGGCACAGAGCAGAGAAUAGAGCUUUAGCUCCAUAAAGACAUGCGCACACAUCUCACCAGAGACUUCCUAGGCAGUGUUGAGUCCCUACUGCAGAAUAUAAAUUCUGGCUUUCAAAGUCAGAAUUAGCACUUUUUUUUUAAAGCCAUUUCCUGUUCUAACAGAUCGGAGUCCAGGCUUCUUUGAGGGACUUCAGGCACAUCAUUCUCCCUACUGAUGCCUAAGCCUCCUCUCCAGAAGUACAGUAACCUUGUUCCCUCGAUGCCAUCAUGGGGAUCUAGGGACACAGGUCCUUACUUCACCUGGAUUUGUUACCACUGCAGUCAUGCCAAGGAGACAGGACUGGCCACUCAUUGUGCUAGCUGCUCUGCCAAGGGAGCCUAGCUGCUACACCAAAGAAUUUAGAUCCAAGAAGACAAACUGUUCAAGGGCUGGAGAUGCUCUUGCUUUCUUUCACUGAUGCUUUUAGUCUUUAGCAGCCAUCCCUGAACUGCCUCAGGCUGACCAUUUGACUGCUGUUCUUCUGAAUGUGCUGAGGAUGACAGAGUUAAUGUUUGUCCAAGGCUUGAUGACCUUGGAAGCAUGACAUGCUGCUGAUACGAAAACAGAAGUGGCUAUGCUUGUUGAUUUUUAAAACCCCAAGGAGUGGAUAGUGGAAGGUGCCCCUUGGGACAAACCAGUUCCUAGCCUCUCUAGCAAACCUGGGUUGCGGGGGAGAAGGCUCCGCCUUGCAUUUCUCCAUUCAGGUUGUCACCAGAAAGGUUCUCCCUUGGCGUUGAACCACCCUGGUGAGAGCUGCACACUCUGACACAGUCCUGGCUUUCCUUCCCUCCCUGCUAACGGUCAGCUCCCCAGGGCAGGCACCCACCUGGAGGAGAGUCGCACUGCUGCCUGAGCAAAUCCAGGUUGGAUGCCUUUGGAGGUGGGUGAAGAGGGCAGGGUUAGAAUAGGUCAGGCCUUUUGGAUAGGAUCCAGUGUCUCAUGCUUCUCUCUCUUGGUGACAUUUCAGAGACAAACCAGCCCUGGAGGCAGAUACCCCAAGUGGUUUGUUUCUAGUCCGUGUGUCCCUUGGAUAAAUGUGACAUGGGAGGUGGCACACUCCCUGUGGUGGGUGGCAGGAUGGAAACCUCCCCUAUGUUCAGUGGAGAAGUUUCCGUCCUGCACUCUGCGACAGCUGCUGCCGCUCUUGCUUCUGCAAGCAUUGUGUGUGUGUUCCUGGACAGUGACUCCUGCCCAGCACUGAGGAGGGCCCUGUCUGUCUGUGCAGGAGGAAAACUCCCCUGGGAUCCUUCCUUGUCCUUCCCUGAUGCCAGGCCAGGGGCAGGACAGUGGGAGCAUGUGGGAGCAUGGGAGAGCAGUGGAAUCAUUUGUGUCUAGCUUGUGCUGCCUGGAAAGUGUCAAUAGAAACCUACCACCACUGUGAAAAGCUGGGGCUCUUUGUAGCCUGUCCCUGCCCUGGUGCUCGGGCAGCUGCCUGGCACAGGGCUGGUGUGGAGCUGCUGCCUGUGAGGCAAUGCCAAGAGAUGACACCGCUUCAGACAAGUCAGACUUGGUGUGUCUCAGUUCCCAGCAAUUAGCAUCUGUUUGCAUGUCCUUUUCUUCAUCCCACCUGUAUUUAUUCUUCCCUGAAUGUUUCAUUUAUUUACUGCAAGAAAUAGUCAUGUUCUUGACAUGCAUGUCUCCCCUUCCUUUUGGGGAGCAGCGUGGGCAGCGUUCAGGGAACAGGCAUGGGCUUGGGAGAGCUGCUCUCUCUUCCUCCAGCUGACUUGACUUGCUGCCUGGAUUGGAGUAAGAUUGUUUUUUAUUUUAUCAACCUCUCUGUGCCUCAGUAUCCCAUUUUGGGAAAAAAAGGGGGAAGGACCCAGUUCUUGAAAGGAGUUUGAGAGCUCUGCAUGCAAAGUGCUAGAAAGGUGCUAAGCUCUCCUGGCUACGUAUCUGGCUAAUGCUUUCAUUUCUCCAUCAGCAAUUAAACCCAGAAAGUGGAAGGGAUUCUUGAGUCUCUGCUGGCAAGUAGAGCCUUUCUUUUCCUUAAAAAUAAAAAAUAAAUACUGGGCAAGUUGCCAGCACUCGUUCGUCUGAUGGCUUUGCCUCCGGACUGCUGCUAUCCUCGACCCUGCAGGGCCAGCGCUUCGAAGCAGGGACUGGGGAGCUGGAAGUCCGCAUCUUGUUUUCAGCUCCGUGUCUGAGCCGCUGUCAUCCUGUGCAAGUCGUUCACCUCUUGUGCCUCAGUUUGCUGUCUGCAGCGUUGGGAUAACACUAACCUACCUCACAGGGCUGUUGUGAGGCUGAGCUGUAUGUAACAUGCAUGAAGCACCUAGAGAACGGUCGAUGAGUUGUUUUUUUUUCUUUUUUAAUUAUUAAAUCAAUAUUUAAUAGGUGGUGGGGAGGAUUUGCUUCUUUGUGUUGAGCCUGGCCGCUGCGUUGCGCCUGCCGGGGAGGCUGCGGUUCAUCGGGAAGGACAAACCCCGGUUCUGUACGGCCGCAAAACCCAUCGCUGCAAAUAAAACGUGGGAGUCGGAGCGGACAGACUUUAUUUCGGAAGCUGGGGGGCACCGCGGUCCCGCCGGCGGCGCUCCCGGGCCAGGCCCGGCCCAGCCCGGCCCGCGGUGGCCCGGUCCCUGGCUUCAGCUGCUUCGCGUCGCGCGGCCUUUCGGCCCCU